UAGUGUUUACGUGGAUCCCUGGUUCUACGAAAAUUUGGAUUUGGUAUUGUUGGAUUCCGUUUUCCUGCAUUCGUGUCAUAGUGAAUCUGUAAGAUUGUCCAUUUAUUCCGAAUGGAAACAAAAAAGACCACUGACUGCCGUUCUUUCACGGCUGGCGAUGUUGUUAUGUGCUGCGAGCCUUUGGUGUGGGUACUUGACAGCAGCGCCUAUGAAACACGUUGUGCCUACUGUCUACAAAAGAGCCAGGAACUGCGUACCUGUUCAGGAUGCAAACUCCACCGCUACUGCAGCGUCGCGUGUCAGUCUGCUGACUGGAAGCUGGAGCAUAAACUGGAAUGCGUCCUGCUGAAGACCACAAUUGGCAGGGAGAUCGUCGCCAAGUUGGCCAACAAGAUCAAGUUGAACGUGAUGAUGGACAUCCCGGGCAUGGGUCGGAAAUCUGCCAAAGACCUGCUAGCCAUGCUGCCAGCCAAUCCCGCACAAUGGGAAAUCAACCGGACUGCAACACCAUCUUACAGUGCGGAGGAGUUAAGGACCAUCGGUGUGCCUGUAGCAGAACUUUUGAACUAUUACGGAAUCGCCCGCUACAACGGUGCGCCCAUGCAUGAUGCAAUGUGCCACGUCACCACACCUUUCGGCAUGGCGUUGUAUCCACAGGCACCGCUGCCGUGGAUGACGCCAGUGUGCUGGGACGUCAAUGUGGUGCUGAACUUCCAAGGGCGACGACUGCUCAUACAUGCCGUUGAGGACAUUCCACAGUAUACCGGACUUGCCGAUUUGCGGUACAACGACGCCCUGGAUCCAUUCUCCCAGACACGAGCGGAACGUCGUGCUGACUUCGAGAAGCGCUAUGGGUAUCCGUGUACAUGUCGCCGAUGCACACCUGAAUACGACGCAGAGAUUAACCCAUUACGCUGCGUGACACCGGGGUGCUUGAACCCGAUUCCCAGCGACAGCCGUGCACAUCAGCCCUGCUCCGAAUGCGGGGCCAUCAACAGCACCCGGUUAGCGCAGUUUAGUCAGUUCAUCCGACAGCAUAAGGCCAUUACGACGCGCUACCCAAUCAUCGUGCAACGAGGCACUACCCAGUUCCAACCAGUCAUGGCUGCGCAGCUCUGCCAGCAGAUGGACGCUGCCGGAAUCAUGCAACCGACUGCGCAUUUCCGUUAUAUCUUAUCCAGCGGCUGGGAGUUACCGCUUAAAUACUAUGCUGAGAACCGCUUCGAAGAUGGCUGGAAUAUGGCACAGGAACUGGUUGAGUGCCUGCGGAAGGUAUACCCGAAGUAUGCAGUGUUCCGUGCUCGCAUACUCAUGUCGGCGGGACAGUCCGCCAUCGUGGCGCUUCACAAACGAUUGCCGAAUCCCGGAAUGGAUCGUCUGUCUGGGCCGGCGAAGAAAGAGUUGGAAGGGUUAGUGAAGGACGUGGGUGUGCGCGUUAGAGAAUAUUCUGAAGAAGCCAGGAAUAUCUUGGAUGUGUUGUUCGGCGCCCAGUGCAAGGAUGUUCAGGAAGCCUACGCUGGUUGCCAGUUACUAUGCAAGCUAAUUGCUAGUAUCCAGGAGGUUCUCCGCGGCAGCGAAAAAGUGUCUGUGUGUUGACGUUGUUUUGCCGAAAUUUCCUUAGCGCUGUUGAUUUUGCUGCAUCGUUCAAGCAAACGGUUGAUUUGAAAACGCAUUGAACGGUGAAGAAAACGUUCGAAAGCAAUGUCCGACUGAUUGUGUUCUGUCAUUGUACUGAUUG